UUCGUUGCAAAAUAUUCCAUCUUUCGUCAGUCAAAGAUCCUCUGCUUAUAGAACUCACUCACUCGGGGAAAACUCAGACAAACUGAUCGAAUUUCGCAGUUCUCCAUGAACUCGAACAGCAGCAGACUCCAAAAAAGACAGCAGAUUCUAGAGCAGACUAAUAAGUAAGAGUUGAGGGAUUAGAGCAUCCUACACACCUGAUUACAGUGACCAUAUUGGUUGGUCAUUAAGUUGAAAACAAAAACAAAAUUAUCCUGUUGGGACAAGGGCAGAACUGCUGUAAAGGGGUACAGCCAGACUGUGAGCCCUUAAACAAAUAUAUAAAGCAGAAAUGGGCAGAUGCAGUUUGAUGCAAAUGCAACCACCGUCCACCUACUCACAUUGACCUCCCAAAAAAAACCCAUACGAUGACGACGACUCGCGGUGGAUCACCGUGGGCAGAUCUCCCCGAGGAGAUCCUGGAUGCCAUCGGCAGCCGCGUCGGCCGCCCCGUCGACGUUAUCACCUUCCGAUCCGUCUGCUAUUCAUGGCGCUCCGCCGUCCUCACCCCUGACUUCGACCAACUGAUUCCACCCGUCGAGGUCAGGCUACCUUACCCCGGCGACAUCGACGGCUUCCUCAUUCCCUCCACCAUGUGCUGUGUGGAGUUUCAGCCUCCGAUUCCCAAUGAUGAUUCAAUCGAUGGCGAUGCACCGCCGCAGGCAGACGGCGGCUGGCUGAUCAAGAUCGAGGAAUCCUCCCGCGGCAAGCUGCAGCUUCUGAACCCGAUCUCCAACCUCAAGCUCCACUCCUCUCCGAUUCAAUUGAGCUUGCUCGACUUUCGGGCCGUCCAAUUAUGCACCUCGUUCCGCCUCAGGUACCAGAUUGGAUUCCCAGCCUUCGAGAUCAAUAAGGUCCUUCCCUUUCCCCCCGCCGCCUCGGCGGCGUCUCCCCCGCCCCAACAGUCGACGAUCACCGUCAUCGCCAUUUUCCACGAAGGCAGAAUAGGCUACUGGAGGAAAGGAGACCAGCACUGGACUUACUUAGACAGCAGAAACUUUGAUUACGACGAUAUAAUCCUCCACCGAGGUCGGUAUCACGUAAUCGACAGAUUGGGGAAGCUGUCGCUCAUUGAUUCGUCUCUUAGAUUCGAAAAAUCCUACUCGCCGCCGCAGUUCCUCCACGACGGAUCCGGCGGCGGCGGGCAGAAGAAUCUGGUGGACUCCGGCGGGGAUCUUUAUCUGGUCGACAGGUAUUUGGAUGGGAGGAGGAGGAAUUCGAAGGAUGUGGACGAUGCGAUUACCAACAGCUUCAACCCAAUCCGGUACCUUGUGGGAACAGGGAGGAACAGGAAUUGGAACCCCAGAGCGGUGGAUUUCAAGGUCUACAAGCUGGAUGAGGAAAUGAGUGAAUGGGUUGAAGUGAAGUCGUUGGGGGAUGAUGAUACUGUGUUUGUGCUGACGACGGAGUGCUGUUUCUCGGCUCCGGCUGCACAGAUCGCCGGCGGGAGAAAGGACUGCAUUUACUACUCGGAUGACGACGACUAUGUGGCCAGAACCAUGUUGACUACUGACGGCAUUCGGAUGUUCCAGUUGGAGGAUGGCAGUAUUCAGGAAGUGAAAUCGUUGCCUCGCGAGUCUGAUAUUUUUCUACCUCCUGGCUUUAGUGUGGAGUUUUAAAAAUGGACCGCCAUUGUUGACUUUGUUGUAGCUUCACCUGGUUUGUGAUUUGUGAACCAUUGGAAUCUUUUUCCGCCAUCUUUCGAUUUCAGCUGUAGAAUGAUACAGACCCUAUCUGAUACUUAACUAUCCAACUAACUCAGGUUCCAAGAUUGGAGAAA